AUGCGCCGUGCAGUGGAACAAUGUGCAGAAAGCCGCCGGCCUCCUGAAGAACAGCGCCAACGCCGUCAGGAACUCGUCGAGAUGCUUGAGGAACGAUUUGGCUCGCCAGUCCGAGCGUGGGCCAAUCUCCUAGAUAUCCAUGCAAAAGGGAAGCUGAAGAGGAAAGAGUUCCAGACAAGUAUGUCUGUCUUGGGCUACAAGGGCAACAUCAACCAGCUGUGGGAUGAGUUGGGCUUGAAACCGAAGCAAUCAGUGAGGUUCAAAGACUUAUGCCCAGAAGUUAUUGAUGAAAUCCGAGAAUUCAAGAAUUUGGCGGGCAAGAAGAUUGUCACCCUGAUCCAGGUCUCCGAGGUUGCUGCUGGGCCUGGGAAAAGCAAGAAAGCCGGAGCGCCAGUGGAAGCUGACGAGUAUUACAAGGUGAUGAAUGCCAUCGAUUAUCCGGGCGAUCCAGACCGCCUGCUUCAGCAUUUGGAUCCGGGUAAUGUCGGAUAUGUGAACACGCGAACGUUGCGCAUUCUGAACGAGCAACACAACGAGGAGAAGGCUGUGCCGCUGUUUCUAAGAAAGUAUCACGAGAAUCGACAAUCGUUGCUGGAGCAGAAGAUCGCCGCGGUUGUGAUUCCGCCAGCGAAAGAGUUGCUGGCAAAACAAGAUACCAUGCGCGGGAACGUACUAGAGGAGUGGAAUUCAAAGAAGGAUGCUCGUGAUGCUAGGGAGGAGUUCAUUCGAGCUCUUCAAGACAAAUUUGGAAGCAUUGCAAAGGCAUGGCGCCUUGCGCUGGACCCAGAGCUGAAACUUGCCAUCGAGAACGUAGAUCAGCUCAUGAAAGCUUUGAAGAGAGCUGGUCUGAUGCCCCCAGAAGGUGGCGAGCACGCGUUGAGAUUCAAAGCAGAAAGGAUAUUCCAGGCCUGCAUGUCGAAGGAAACCGAACAGAUCAGCUUGGAUUGCCUCGACCCCAAAACUCCUGCGAUGCUGGAAAAGUUCAAGGAUCUUUGCGAGGACCGCUAUGGCAGUCUCCAGGAUGCCUUCGAAAGUGUGGAUGUGGAUGGUAUGGGGAUCGUUUCUCGAGAGGCAUUUCGAGUGCUGUGCCACGAAGUCAAAGCAACCGAUGGCAUCUUCAGGCUUAUGGAAUUCCUGGAUCCAAAGCGCACCGGCGAAAUUCGACUGUCUCUUAUUGACAGUGAGGUCGCCGAAGAUGCAAUGCUCGCAACACAGAUGCGCCGCCAAAUUCAAGAGCGCCAACAGCAAUCGCAGGACCGCAGACUGAUGGAGCACUGA